AUGUGUGAGAAAGGAAAAGAUCAUUGUCAAUUGAUGAAUCGUUUUGAUAAUAAAGACUUUCAUGACCUUUACGAAGAUAUUGAAGAAAAAAUUUCGCCCGAUACAGAAAUUCUUUCUUCACAAACCCAAGGUUUGACAUUAAAAAUUUAUUCUAUCCCGGAAUCUCGCACACAUAACACAGCACAUUUUCGCGCGGUUGUUGCUCCUACAAGUUCGCUGUAUCCAAAGGUGCCAGAGUCGUACCUCAAUAAUUCUCCCAUGGAAAAU